CUUCUCAACUUUCAAUGUGAUUAUAAUUAUUUAUUUUAUAAAUUAUUGUCAAGUUUAAUUAUUAUUAUAUAUCAAUAUUUUUUUUUAAUUUAUACUUUACAUAGUAAUGUGAUAAAAUAUUUUUAAAAGUAUUUCUAUACUAAUAAAUUAGUAAAAUUGAUAAAUUAUGCCAUUAUUAAAUUCAAAAAUUGUAUCUCAAAUAUUGCCGACUGUGGUCAACAAUAGCAACAAAGUGGACAAAAAUUCUGUGAUAACUAUUGCCCAUAAAUUGCUUAAAAGUCCACUAAAAGAAACACCAAUUAAAACUAAUAACUCAUUGACGGAUCGGAUUCCAGCUUAUGGUCUGAUAUGUGCCGUACUAUCAGUUAUUUGUUGGUCUCUUAGCUCAUUAAUUGUCAAAAUACUUACAAAUCUUCAUUCAAUACAAAUACUAGUCUUUAGAUCAAUAUUUCAAUUGGUAUUUUACGGUACAUGCAUUGCAAUAAAAAAAUAUCCAUUAUUUGGUGUGUAUGGACACCGUAUAGAUCUGGUAUUACGAUCUCUAUCGGGAACAGUAGCCCUUUCAUCUAUAUUUAUGGCGUACCGAAUGAUGCCUUUUUCAGACGCCUCAACCAUUCAUUUUUCAUCGCCAGUCUUCGUCACUGUAUUCGCAUAUUUUAUACUUAAAGAAAAAGUAUCUAUACUUCAAGUGAUAACUGGAGUUUUGACUUUAAUUGGAGUCACAAUAAUAUCAAAACCUCAGUUUCUGUUUGGAUCUGAGUCUCAAGUGAUACAUAUGUAUCGACUCGAAGGGAUAGGUCUGUCUGUAUUGGCCUCAGUUAGCGCUGCCUUUGCUAUAAUUAAUUUAAGAAAGUUGAAGACAACUCCAGCGGCUGUCGUUGUCUUUUGGUUUGCGUUUUCAAUUAUAAUAUGCGGAUCAAUAGGACUGGUAAUACUUAAUCAAUUUGUUGUACCAACCAAUCUGUGGUCGUGGACACUACUCAUAGCUAUUGGAUUUUUGGGUAUUGGCGACCAAUACUUUUUAACAAAAUCGUUACAAUAUGAAAGCGCUGGACCUGUUUCUGUUGCCAGAACUUUCAAUAUUGUACUCUCAUUUAUAUGGGAGGCCACCAUAUUAGCCGAACCUAUUGAGUGGACAUCAGUUACCGGUGCUGUCAUUAUAUCGACGUGUGUCGUAGCACUUGCUAUAGUCAAAUGGCAAACAGAAAAACCAGAGUUCUUCGAGAAGAUAUACAACUCAAUGAUAUGUUGUUCAAAGCAUUCAGCAAAAGAUUUUCAUGACGUGGAUCAGCUCAAGACAUAUCCGCAAUCUUUGCGUUCAUCGACUAACAGUUUAAAUGUGAUUGCAUUGAACAAUUGUAGUGCUGGUGGUCCUGAAAUAGUAUCAGCUGCCCGUUCCCAAUAUGGUGUUCCCUAUUCAUGGGGAGGUGGCAGUUGGAAAGGAAAGUCAACCGGUACAGGUAUCGGUGCACACACUAUAGGCUUCGAUUGUUCCGGACUAACUCAGUAUGCUGUCUAUAAGGGCACCGGCAAAAUCAUCGCUCGUACCGUUGCCACACAAUAUACUGAUAUCAAAUGCAAACGUGUAGCAUAUGGAUCAAAACAAUUGGGUGAUCUUAUAUUUUAUGGUAACCCUCCCUAUAACGUGGGUAUAGUAUCCGAUUCUAAUACAUUCAUCAAUGCAUCCAAAACUGGUGAUGUCGUUAAAGAGCAGACUAUUUACUCGACAAACAGACAACCAUAUGUUCAGCGAUGCUUUUGA